GGGAAAACCAUAUGCUUUUGACCGAGUGUUUCCUCCAAAUACGACUCAGGAGCAAGUCUACCAUGCCUGUGCCAUGCAAAUUGUUAAAGAUGUGCUGGCUGGUUAUAAUGGAACCAUCUUUGCUUACGGGCAGACCGCCUCUGGGAAGACCCACACCAUGGAGGGUAAGCUUCAUGAUCCGCAGCUGAUGGGAAUAAUACCAAGAAUUGCCAGAGAUAUAUUCAAUCACAUCUACUCCAUGGACGAAAACCUAGAAUUCCAUAUCAAGGUUUCUUAUUUUGAGAUCUACCUGGAUAAAAUUAGAGAUUUGCUAGAUGUCUCCAAAACAAACCUUUCAGUACAUGAAGACAAGAACCGCGUUCCAUUUGUCAAGGGCUGCACUGAGCGUUUUGUAUCCAGCCCAGAAGAAAUACUGGAUGUCAUCGAUGAGGGAAAAUCCAAUCGUCAUGUGGCUGUAACAAACAUGAAUGAGCACAGCUCCCGCAGUCACAGCAUCUUCCUUAUCAAUAUCAAACAGGAGAAUGUGGAGACUGAGCAGAAGCUAAGUGGAAAGCUGUAUCUGGUUGACCUGGCUGGAAGUGAAAAGGUUAGCAAAACUGGAGCUGAAGGUUCUGUUUUGGAUGAAGCCAAGAACAUCAACAAGUCUUUAUCUGCUCUGGGAAAUGUCAUUUCAUCCCUGGCAGAAGGAUCAAAAGGAUAUGUUCCCUACAGAGAUAGUAAGAUGACCCGAAUCCUCCAGGACUCCUUGGGCGGAAAUUGCAGGACAACUAUGUUUAUCUGCUGUUCUCCAUCCAGCUACAAUGAUGCAGAAACCAAGUCAACACUUAUGUUUGGUCAAAGAGCCAAGACCAUCAAGAAUACUGCAUCAGUCAACCUGGAGCUGACAGCAGAGCAGUGGAAGAAGAAGUAUGAGAAGGAGAAGGAAAAGAACAAGACCAUGAAAGAGACCAUUCAACGGCUGGAGACUGAACUCAGUCGCUGGAGGAAUGGAGAGAAUGUGCCUGAAACGGAGCAACUGAGUGACAACGAACAGAUUAUUCCGGAAACUUGUGAUGAGACCCCAGUUAAUGAUAAUAACUCUUCCAUUGUGAUCCGAAUCUCAGAGGAGGAGAGAAGGAAGUAUGAGGAGGAGAUCCGUAAAAUGUACAAACAGAUGGAUGACAAGGAUGAUGAGAUCAACCAGCAGAGUCAAUUAGCAGAAAAGUUGAAGCAGCAGAUGUUGGAUCAAGAAGAGCUAUUAGUAUCCACUCGGGGUGAUAAUGACAAGGUGCAGAUGGAACUGAGCCGCUUGCAGUCAGAAAAUGAUUGCGCCAAAGAAGAAGUGAAGGAGGUUCUGCAGGCCCUGGAAGAACUUGCAGUGAACUAUGAUCAGAAGUCUCAGGAAGUUGAAGAGAAAACCAUACAAAACAAAAUCCUCACUGAUGAGCUGUCUCAAAAAGUUGCCAGUCUUUUGUCUCUGGAAAACGAUCUGCAUCGCCUGCAGGAAUUCAGCACUCAUCAACGCAAGCGAAUUGCUGAAGUUCUCAAUGGCCUCAUGAAAGACCUUAGUGAGUUCAGCGUCAUUGUGGGCAAUGGAGAAUUUAAACUGCCUGUGGAAAUCAGCGGGGCCAUAGAGGAAGAGUUUACUGUAGCUCGUCUAUACAUCAGUAAGAUCAAAUCUGAAGUGAAAUCUGUGGUGAAACGGUGUCGCCAGCUAGAGAAUCUUCAGGUUGAAUGUCACCGCAAAAUGGAAGUUACUGGACGGGAACUGUCCUCAUGCCAACUGCUUAUAUCACAGCACGAGGCUAAGAUCAGGUCUCUGACAGAGUACAUGCACAGUGUAGAACUGAAGAAACGCCAACUGGAGGAAUCCUAUGAUUCUCUGAGUGAAGAACUCGCCAAGAUGCAGGCUCAAGAAAAUGUGACUGAAGUAGCAGCAAAGGAUAAGGAGCAGGAUGAGGUGGAAGCCCACGAGGUUAAGAAGGUUCUGGAGAUGCAGAUGGAAAGCCAUCGUGAGGCCCAUCAUAAACAAUUGGCGCGUCUCCGUGAUGAGAUAAAUGAGAAACAGAAGAUCAUCGACGAGCUCAAAGAUUUGAACCAGAAGCUGCAGCUGGAGUUGGAGAAGCUCAGAGCUGACUACGAGAAGCUGAAAAGUGAGGAACACGAGAAGAGCAACAAGCUGCAGGAGCUGACAUUUCUGUACGAGAAACACGAGCAGUCCAAGCAGGAUCUUAAAGGGCUCGAGGAGACUGUUGCACGUGAACUCCAGACCCUCCACAAUCUUCGGAAGCUUUUUGUUCAAGACGUCACAUCUCGAGUCAAGAAAAGUGCUGAGAUGGAACCCGAGGAUAGUGGGGGGAUUCACUCCCAGAAGCAGAAGAUUUCCUUUCUUGAGAACAACCUGGAGCAACUUACAAAGGUUCACAAACAGCUGGUUCGUGACAAUGCAGAUCUUCGUUGUGAGCUUCCUAAACUGGAAAAACGUCUUCGGGCUACGGCUGAGAGAGUUAAGGCCCUGGAGGGUGCACUGAAAGAGGCCAAGGAGGGCGCUAUGAAGGAUAAAAGAAGGUACCAACAGGAGGUGGACCGCAUUAAGGAAGCUGUACGCUACAAGAAUACAGUGAGGCGCACUCACACUGCACAGAUUGCCAAGCCAAUCAGACCUGGACAUUACCCUGCAUCUUCCCCAACCAAUUCCUAUGGAGUUCGCAGUUCAGAUUCUCUUAGUUACACCAACAACAUCUUCCAGCAAUACCAAAACAUGUACAUGAAUUCAUCCAAUUCCUCCAAUGACACAUUUUUCACCAACCCUUGUUCCUCUGCAAGGAGCAAUUCUUCCUCUAGCAGCCUGCUUCCCUACACAAAGCUGAAUGUGGAUAAUGGCAAUGCUACAGACAUCAAUGACAACAGAAGUGACUUGCCAUGUGGCUGCGAAGCGGAUGAUCAGUCCCAGUUAUUCCCUCUUCAUCAGGAGACAGCAGCCAGCUAA